AUGAUCAAGUAUGGCCAUGGAACGUGGGGGAUGCAGGUGCUUUGCAGGCUCCAAGGCUCAGUCGUUCCGAAGGCAUUGGUUUGGUCAGUGCCGUGUGCAUUGAUGACUACUCUUUUACACGUGUUUUUGCGGGACGCCAUGACAGAGACGAUUGGCACUGGAGGGGGCAUCGAGACCAUAUGGGCUGGAUAUACAUUCAUUCUUGGCUUCUUGAUUGUUUUCCGCAGCAACCAAGCAUAUUCUCGCUUUUGGGAGAGUGUGACCUUGACGCACAAGAUCCGGGGUCAAUGGACCAAUGCAUACAGCAAUCUGUUGGCCUUCUGCUCCACCGAUCAAGCUCGUGAGGAGGAAGUCUCCCACUUCAGGGAGUACUUGUUGAGAUUGAUGAGCUUGCUGCAUUGCUACGCACUCCAUCAGGUGUGCGAGAUGUCUGAUGAUAGACUUGAAGUUAUUGAUUUAAGUGGUCUGAGUCCAGACACUGUGGAUUUUCUGCAUUCAUGCACAAGCUCUGAUAGGGCUGAGACUGUCAUGUUGUGGAUUGAGCGGCUGGUGGUGGAAAAUGAUCAAAAGAAGCUGUUUGCAGUUGCGCCACCCGUCCUGAGCAGAGCCUUUCAGGAGCUCUCCGCUGGUAUGGUGAACAUAGCAGAACUGAAGAAGAUCGUUGAAGUUCCCUUUCCUUUUCCCUAUUCACAAUAUUUGUCUUUCAUGCUGGUCCUGCAGUGGUUGGUGAGCCCUCUGGUGGCCUGUCAACUGAUUUCAGAGUGGUGGUGGGCAGCAUCCACUGUCUGGCUCAUGUCCACCUCAUAUUGGACUUUGUUUUAUAUUGCGCAAGAGAUUGAUCAGCCUUUCGGGGAGGAUAGCAAUGACUUGCCAGUGGUUGAGCUGCAGCACGAGUUCAAUAAGAACUUGUUGCACUUGUCAUCGUCACAAUCCUAUGCACUUCCAGAUUUUGUGAGUGCCAUCGCGGUGAAGCGCACGACUUGUAUGAGCAUGGCACGGUUGACCUUGCAGAGUUCCAAACUUCAGGCAACUUCGAGCAGUGGUCCACUGUGCAAAGCUUUAGAGGAUCAGCUUCAACGAGAAGAACAAGUUGAAGAAGUCUUAGAACAAGAAAGAGAAGGUCGCCGGCCAAACAUGCGAAACAUGCCAGAGGCAGAAGAGGAGGAUUGUGCCAAAACCAUUGGCCAAGAGCCGCCGGCCCUCCCCGUCCUUGCCACUCACAAUAGCAGGAAUACCCUUCUGGGGCCUUGUGCAAUAGAGGCUGCAGCACAACGAGGAAUCCAGCCUGAGCAACCCAUUGAGCUUGAAAUCCUCCAAAGCCUUGUGAUGGAGCUGGCGGUUGAUUACAGCGAACCCGAGGACAUUCCUGCCCUCAUUGACGAAGCUCAUCAGCAACGGCAAACGUUGGCUGCAGCAUCGAUGGAGACCGUUGCGGCCCACCGGGUGGGCGGAAACGCGAUGUCCCUGAUAGAGCUGGUUCAACAUUUUCAAGACCUGGCCUUGGAAUUGGAAACCGGGGGCGGCGAGGAAAGACCUUUGGCUCGCGAAAAGAAGGACCUUGCUUUGGCAUACCUCCUUCAGUUGUUGACCGGGACUUUGAAGCGGCCACAUUCCGUGAGGAUCAACACCAUAUGA